AACCUGCGCAAGCGCAUUCUUUGGUUUCUCCCCUCCGUCAUCGUAAUUCACUGGUCGACACGGCGCCCAACAUUUUCGAGAGACAAUCGCUCCUGCCACACGCAACCAAUCGACCUGGAAACAUGAGCGCCUCAGUCCUAGGCAAGCGCAAGGCCCGGACACCGCACACGGCGGCUAGCGACCAGUCAGACAGCGGCCAAACGCAGCCUGUGCGCGAUGCGCAAGCGAUCUUUCAACGCUAUUUUGAGGCCCAAUUCAAGCCCUUGGAAGGGACCGCGGCAGGCCAAAGUCUCACGUCAGGGACGGUCAUAGAGGACAUGGACACGGAUAGCGAUGACGACGAUGGCGGCGACCACGAAGCUAAUCGGCGAGACAAUGGAGCACAUAGCGAUGACGACGAUGAAGACGAACGAGGCUCAUGGUCAGGCGUAUCUGACUUGGAGCAGGACGACACAACACCCAAGGUCGAAGUCGUAUCACACGUCGAGCCGUCAUCUUCCACUUUAGCAUCCACUUUAGCCGACAGUCUCAGCGCAAAGAAGGCACGAAAGGCUCUCCUAUCCUCAAAAGUGCCAUCAGCCAUGACAACCACAUCGACCUCUACAUCGCUACCGAGCAAGAAGUCCAAGUCUACGGCGACGGAGGAGGACGCGCCCACAUUACUGAAAAACGACCUCGAGCUACAACGCCUCCUCUCCGAAUCACACCUCUUCAACCCGUCCAAAGUCGGCACAUUGUCCAACACAGUCACCCACCACCGCUCUCAUGAUGGCAACAUCGAGCAUGUCGGCAGAAAUCGCUUGCUCGCCACCGAUCUUCGCAUGGCUGCUCUGGGGUCCAAGACGAGCAUUUAUGCCCAGGCCAAGAUGCCAAUGUCCCACCGCAAAGGCAUCAACGCGGCCGCCAUCAGCCGUGAGAACAAGCGCCGCCGCGAGGCCCGCGAGAAUGGCAUCAUCCUUGAACGACCGAGCGGUAACACUGAUGCUCUAAAGGCCUACACUCGUGCCGCCGGCAUCGUCAAGAACAAGAACUCUAGGACGGCCCAGGGGCGAGGAAACAAAAAGUCUGGCACGAAGGAUAUCGACGCACCCGCUGUGGGCAGGCUGCGCGAUGGCAUGCUGAAGCUUAGUAAGAAGGACAUUCAUGAUAUACAGAGCAGUGGCGAGCGCAGAUCAACUGGCAAAGGUCGCAAAGGCAAAAGAAGGUAGACGAGUCUCCGCGGCAAGACAUUGCAAUAUUACGCACCGAGCAUGCGACCAGAACUCGCUGGCGACUUUCGCUACAACUAUGCUCUUCACUUUCACGUGCAUGGAUGCGACUUGAAUAAAGCCAGCAAUCUCACCCAAGAUGUGUCUCUGAGUGGCGUGGGUCGACAACCUGCCAGUCAAUGUCUUCAAAGCAGACAAAAGGCGCCACUAUUUGGAAAGUAUGCACGAUAGAAGAGUGGCCACAGAGCAACAGCGAGCAUCUUAAAUAAAUUUCUCAAAAUUCCAAAUCGCUC